CUGUUCUUCCCUUUAAUCUUCACCCUUAUUUUUCAGUAUUACUUUUAUAAUGAUUCUUAAGACGUUUUAUAUCUCUGUUCUAAUUGAUAAACAACCGAUAAGAAACCAUCUUUUUUACCAUUUUGCUUCUCGCACUCCACUAUAAGGUUAUUUAUCCGUUCGUCUUCAAUUCUUCUCUUCUAGUAUAACGCAUUUUCAACAUCGCCACAGCCAACAAUCAUCUUGCAAAGUCUCGUGUCAACUAAUCGUAUCAUAUUAUUUCAACGCUUCUCUUGUUACAAAGCAAGUUCUACACUCUAUUCCUAUUUUCCUCUCUGUUUUUGGGUGAAUUCGUGUUUACGUUAUCUUGAUCUAUCCAAAUUUUGUUAAUUUUUCAACUGUAACCAUGUCUAAGCCCAUUCUUUCCAAAACCAAAUCUUUAUUAAAUGAUAAUUCGCAUUUGAGUGGCGAUCAAAAGCUUGAUCAAGCCAUAAAUGAUUACCUUCAAUGGGACCAGUAUCAAGAAACUAGAGAUUUUAUCAAGAAGUUAACGACUGAGAAAGAUUGGCCGAAAUUACGAGAACUUUUAGGAUCAAGACUUCAAUUUGGAACCGCAGGAAUCAGAGGUAAAAUGGGUCCAGGAUUCUCACGUCUCAAUGAUUUAGUAAUCAUCCAAACCUCACAAGGAGUGGCAAAAUAUUUAUUGGAAUAUGAUGAUGAAAUAAAAGAUAAAGGCAUUGUUAUUGGUUACGAUGGUCGGCAUAAUUCCAAGCGAUUUGCUGAAAGAACCGCGGUUGCAUUUCUUUCUCGUAAUAUUCCUGUUUAUCUUUAUUCUGAUCUGGUACCAACUCCAUUUAUUCCCUUUAGUGUCAAACUAUUAGGAUGUUCAGCUGGGAUCAUGAUAACAGCUUCACAUAAUCCUAAAAAUGAUAAUGGUUACAAGUUGUAUUUCGGCAAUGGAGCUCAAAUUAUAUCACCUCACGAUAAAGGUAUCCAAGAAGCAAUCUUGAGUCACCUUGAACCAUGGGAAGGAGCUUGGAAACGGGACAAAUUAUCAUUAGCAGUUGAUAAAUUGCCUGAGAUUGAGUCUCUAUUUUAUGAUGAAGUUCGUAAACGAAUCUGUGAUCGAUCUCUCAUUGAAUCCUCUGACCUGGGUAUAACAUACACAGCAAUGCACGGUGUUUCUCAUAAAUAUAUGACUUGUUUAUUGAAGCUGGUUGGCUUCAAAAAGAUUCAUCCUGUUGCCGAGCAGUCAGCUCCUGAUCCAGAAUUUCCAACGGUUCCUUUUCCCAAUCCUGAAGAGAAAGGAGCACUUGAUUUAUCAAUUAAAUCUGCAGAUUCUUCUGGGUCAACGCUCAUUCUAGCCAAUGAUCCAGAUGCUGAUCGAUGUGCAGCUGCUGAAAAACAACCCAACGGUAAAUGGAAAGUAUUUACGGGUAAUGAAUUGGGACAGUUGCUCGGUGCUUGGCUAUGGUCUGAACAUCUUCGUAAAGAUAAAACAACUUUAGCCAAAAAUGUUUACAUGAUAGGUUCAGCAGUUUCAUCAAAAUUUUUAGACACAAUGGCCAAAGUUGAAGGAUUCAAUUUCAUCGAGACAUUGACUGGAUUUAAAUGGAUGGGAAAUAAAGCUGAUGAACUAGUCAAGGAAGGUAAAAAGGUGCUUUUAGCUUUCGAAGAAGCUAUUGGUUACAUGUGUGGAACCCAUAUUCUUGAUAAAGAUGGAAUCACUGCAUCCAUUGAGGUAGCUCAGAUGGCUGUUUGGUACAAAAAACACACAGGACGCACUUUGGCUCAACAAUUGGAUUAUCUUUAUGAUAAAUAUGGUAUUCAUUGUAGCAAUAAUGGUUAUUUUUUUUCUACAAACCAGGAAUUAACUAAAACAGUUUUUAAUCGACUUUCCAACUGGGGAGGAUCUCACAGCUAUCCAGCUUCAUUAGGAUCAUACAAAAUUGUUAGAGUUCGUGAUCUAAAUCGAGGAUAUGAUACAAAUGAAAGUGAUAAAAGAGCACGUCUACCUUCUGAUUCAUCUAGUUACAUGUUGACCUUUUACUUUUCAAAUGGAGCUUGGUUAACAAUUCGAACAAGUGGAACCGAGCCAAAGGUUAAAUAUUAUUCCGAAAUGUGUGCAGCACCAGACAUCAAGAUCAAUAAUUUGUUUUUCUUCCUGCUACUCUUUUCUUCUCCAAACAGAGACCGAAAUAAAGUAGAGAAAGAGCUUUCUCAAAUAAUCGAUCUUAUGACAAAAGAAUGGCUUUCAGAACUGGCAUCACCAAAAUAAUCAUCAUUCCAAUGAUCUUCAUGAACAAACCAGAAACCAAUGAUGUGCUCUUAUCGUUUCAACGCCUUGCUAUGAUUACUUCUUGUCCAUUCCUAGAUUCGCCAUCAUUGCCCAUUUUUAGUUUACCCAUUACAGUGCUAUUCAAUUGAACUUAUUUCCAAAAUUUGGUGGCUUUAUUAGUUUGCGAAUGAAGCAAAAUGGCGAUAAAAAAAGUUCUAUUGAUCAUCAUCGGUAAAGAAAAAUUACUCGGAUCCAAAAACCCAGAGAUUAUCUAUUUCCUUGUUUCUUUUGUUAAAUUAAUGUAAUCUUCUUGGUGCAUUAAUAUCGUGCUUUUAUCCAAAUCAUUUAAACUAAAUGGUAUCAUCUAGUCUAUUACAAAAUCACCUCUAAUUGUUCACUUAGAGCAUUGCGUUUAAAGUGCAAUCAAUCUUUUUUCUGAUUUCAAUGAUUAGUCCUUAAAUUUAUGAUCUUACAUGAUCGGAAAUCUUCAUGUAUAUAAUGUCACAAAAUUCCAAGUGCAGCAAAAUGAUUGACAUUGUUGUGUCCAAUAGCAAUGUUAUUUAACUAUAAUUCAACCUUGCUCAAGUUGCAACUCUUAAAGUUGUGAAUGAGACGUCAAAUCAUUCACAAACAAAAUGUAUUAAUAAUAAAAACAUCAAGAAAUAUGUCUGCUAAGUUAAA